UCUUGUUCUUGUUUGAAUACGUCGCUGUGGUGAGUCGAAGCUUGAAUGAGUCGUAGUAUGAUACCAUGUUCCGCUUGCACGUCUGAGUGUACAGUGUCUCAACUAAGAGACUACAGAGACGGAAUUUGAACGACUGGAGCAGGCUUCAGCACCUUGAUGGUAGCGCGCAUUCGCAUUGACGCAGCGUUUCUGAGUCUACGCACUGUGACUGUGUACCAGUAGUAUGCUCGGUAAACACACGCCUACCAUGAUCAUUACCUCUUCACCAUUCACGCCCGCGCUUGCUAUCCAGAUCCCUAUACGUACCCGUUAUCCACAUUCAAUCUUUGCACCCAGCAUGUCAGGGAUUCCGCAUCACGAAAUGCAAGACUACUUUCGUCCAAACGCAUUCCAAAGCCAAAAACCACAACAAGCCCCCCAAAAUCUUCAGAUAGACUGGGAAUGUUGUCAAGGGGAAUGCAAGCAGCGCAUCAACAACAACGUUCCUAAGGAGUCCAGCUGCAGGGUUUGCAAACACAAGCUAGCCGGCGGUGAACUAUGUCUGAACACCAGACUAUACGACCACAACGAGAUACCCAAACUUCCCAGUUCUACCUUUUUGUCGUCGAAUACCAGAUUUGAUCGCCCAGCCGCAACGAUUGCCGCGCAGCAAGCUACCAGAACGCAUGGGAGAUGGAAUGCUGAGGAAGCUAUGCGAAGGGAGAAGAGAGCCAAGGAAAUGGAAAGAAGGGAUAGCGAAGAAAGGUGGAGCAAGAGAAAGAGGCGAGUAAAAUGCGCCAUACUGUGUGUAGCAGGCGGAGACACCGGAAGAUACCCGAAUCUUGCUGCUCCGGAAGAGUACCGGGCUGGAAGAGCCAUGUACUUCAACGAGAUUGUCGGUGGGGUUGCGAGUCCGAUAUCUGUAUUACAGCGGCAUACCGCGUGCCGCUUGCCCGUAUACGCAACUCAAGCUUAUACCACUUAUCCAUCCAGCAUCAAACUCGAUACCGCGAUGGGUCGGUACUGCUGCACCUGCGGCACCCCCAACGCCGGCGAUGGCGCAUCUCGAGAAGACUACACACGCGUGACGGCGUGCAGCAACUGCAAGCAUGGAUGUUGCUGGCAAUGCAGCCUAUUCCGUCUGGGUCCAGAAUAUCCAAUGAAAGCAUCAGCGGCACCCAGGGGCACCCAGCCAACGUCCAGUUCAAACCAUUGGCACUCGGAUCAUCACGGAGGCUCAACCAACGUACCCGCAUCCUAUGAUUAG